AGGGUGAUCGAGCAUGUGGACAAUACGACAUGCAUUGGGCAGAGUGGCUUUACAUAGAAGUCGGAGUAUGGUCACGACUGCGUUACGACCUCUAAGCAUAAUGCAAAUUGCUACGCCUCGACAACCUUGCAACAUCCUGAAACGGCACGAGGCCACUGCUGCGGCGGCGGAACGACAUGAAUUCCAAGCGGAAACUAGAAAUCUCAUGGAUAUUGUGGCAAAGUCGCUUUAUUCGGACAGUGAGGUGUUUGUCAGAGAGCUGAUAUCAAAUGCCUCUGAUGCGUUGGAGAAGAGAAGAUGUGCUGAGUUGACCGGACAGAUUGCUGAAGGACCCAGUGAAAUCCGAGUCACCACCGAUGAGGCUCAGCGCACGAUCACCUUCGAAGAUACUGGAAUUGGGAUGGAUAAGGAAGAUAUGGUGGAAUGUCUAGGAACAAUCGCAAAAUCCGGUAGCAAAGAGUUCAUCGAAAAGAACAAAGAGAAUGCCGAAGCUGUGAUCGGUCAGUUCGGAGUAGGAUUCUACUCCGCUUUUAUGGUGGCCGAUUCGGUCGUCGUGACUAGCAGAAAAGUGGGUCAGCCGGAUGAGAAAGGACUGAAAUGGACUUGGAACGGGGGCAAUUCAUAUGUACUCGCUGAUGAACCUGGCUUACCGACUGGUACUCGCGUCGUGAUACAUCUAAAACCAGGAGAUUCAGCUGAAUUUUGUAAGGCUGAUCGAGUAAAAGAGGUUAUCGACAAGUACUCCUAUUUCGUUGCUGCUCCAAUUCUUCUUAAUGGCGAGAGAGUGAAUAGUCUGAAUGCCAUCUGGACUCUGCAGCCAAAAGAUGUUACCAAGGAAAUGCACGAGACUUUCUUCAAACAACUUGCCAAACAGCAAAAACGUCCUCAGUUCCAGAGGCCCUGCUAUACUAUUCAUUACAAGACAGACACUCCGGUGUCCGUUCGAUCGGUGCUGUACAUACCACAACAUAAGUUUUCUAUGCUAGAGUACGCGGCUCAGGCUCAGAACAGAGAUUGUGGUUUGUCGUUGUACGCUAGACGAGUGCUGAUCAAGCCCAAUGCGAAGGAGCUUUUGCCAAACUACCUCCACUUCAUUAUGGGUGUCGUAGACUCAGAAGACAUACCUUUGAAUCUCAGUCGUGAAAUGCUCCAAAACAACCCUGUAUUGAGGAAGUUGCGCAAAAUUCUUACGGACAAGAUCUUGAAUUAUCUGCACAGCGAAAUGAAGAAGGAUAGCGUGAAGUAUGCGGAUUUCUACAAGCAGUAUAGUCUCUUUCUUAAAGAAGGCAUUGUUACUGAAAUGGAUCAUUCCGAUAAGGAGUCUAUUGCGAAACUCAUGCUUUUCGAAUCCUCCAACCUGAAAGCUGGCAACCUGACGAACCUGUCUGAGUACUGCAAAAGAAUGCAAGCGGAUCAAAAAGAGAUUUAUUACAUGUUUUCGCCUAGCCGACAUUUGGCGGAGUCAUCACCGUAUUUUGAACUGGUUAGAUCCCAGAACAGGGAAGUGCUAUACUUGUAUGAGCCUGCUGACGAGGUUGUUUUCCUUGCCCUGCAGCAGUUCGAUAUGAAGCCUCUAGUUGGUGUAGAGAAAUGGGCUGAGAGCGCUGCGGCAAAAGAAGGAGAUAAGGAAAAAGAAGGAAAAGUGUUCCGCGAUGUUGACAAGAAAGAUUUGCUAGACUGGAUUAAGAACACUCUUGGUUCAGUCAAGGUACACGAAAUUGCCGGCAACCACCGACCAAGUGAACAUCCUGUGAUGCUUACGAUCAAGCAUGAAAUGGGUGCGGCAAGGCACUUACUUCGAACCGGAGAAAUUAAGGAUAUGGAGCAUUUGGUGUUUCUUCAACCCUGCCUCCAUGUAAAUCUCUCACAUCCAUUGAUCAAGAGUUUAUCUACCAUGAAGAGGACAGAUCCAAAGACGGCUGAGCUGCUUAUCUCGCAGAUCUAUGACAACGCCUUGAUCACAUCUGGACUUUUAAAAGACACCAGUGGCAUGGUGGAGCGACUUAACAAAUUACUUACCCAGUUGGCAGGAAGCAAGAGCACGAUUUUGACUCCCUGAGCAGGCUUUCUUUAGUCUUUCUAUCGUUGUUCAGUUGUUCGUUGUUGUUUGUUUUGUAUAUACGUCGUACUAAUGUUUGUAUCUGCUAAUAUAGAUAUGUUCGUACCGGUAGGAUUACAACUUUCAUUUAACGAUUUAUUGAGCCUAGUCUAGCCUUAAAAUUAGGAAAGUAUGAUGAUUUGGUAUCUCAUGUUCCGUAUCCGUACAGAUUAUCUCAGAUAUAAAGGUAUCUCCUC